AAGGGGCGGACGCCGAGCGUGCCGGAGUGCACAGCCCAGUGCAGCCCGGCUCCCGAGGCUGGGGCGGGUCGGCGGAGCCCCCGGCGCCCCCCAGCCCUGCCCCUGCGGGCCUGCGUCGGCCGAGAGGGCACGGGGGAGGGCGUGGGGGCGGGAGAGAGGGGCAGGUCGCCGGCAGCGGGCUUUGGGCGUUGCGUUCCCACGGUCAGGGCCCUCUCCGUGUCGACAGCUACGGGUUUCGCUGCCUGUCUGGGCAGGCCAGUGAGCUGCGGGACGUUGGCGGCCGUGACAUGGCCCAGCAGGCAGACUUUUUUAAUUCAGAAAUGGAAAAUCCUGAAGUAUCUGUGAGCAGCUGCAGUACUCAUGAUGAUGAAGAUCUUUACAGCUACAAACGACAGCUUUCGGUAUCACAGGAGGGACUUUUGGAAGACCAGCUUAGAAGGAAGUUAAAAUUCUUUUUCAUGAACCCAUGUGAGAAAUUCUGGGCCCGUGGUAGGAAACCUUGGAAACUUGGGAUUCAGCUGCUCAAAAUAGCAAUGGUUACUAUUCAGCUGGUGGUUUUUGGAUUGAGCAAUCAAAUGGUGGUUGCCUUCAAAGAAGAGAACACUGUUGCAUUCAAACAUCUCUUCUUGAAAGGAUAUAUGGACAGAAUGGAUGAUACAUAUGCUGUAUACACACAAACAGAUGUCUAUGACCAGAUAUUCUUUGCAAUCAACCAGUACUUAAAGCUGCCCAACAUUUCUGUCGGAAACCAUGCUUAUGAGAAAAGGGGAGCAGAAGAAACAGCUCUGGCUCUGUGUCAGCAGUUCUACAAGCGAGGAAACAUCUGUCCUGGAAAUGACACCUUUGAUAUAGACCCAGAGAUUGUGACUGACUGCUUGUACAUUGAGCCAGUGGUGCCAAUAGACAAUGCAACAGUGGGAAAACACAAUUUGAAUUUCACUCUGGAUUUCCACAGACUGGUGGCAGUGCAGAUCAUGUUCAAUCUGAAGGCAAUCAACCUCCAGACUGUUCGUCACCACGAGCUCCCUGAUUGUUACGACUUCACUCUGACAAUAGUGUUUGAUAAUAAAGCACAUAGUGGAAGAAUUAAAAUAAGUCUAGACAACGACAUAGCCAUCAGGGAAUGUAAAGACUGGCAUGUUUCUGGAUCAAUACAGAAGAAUACUCAUUACAUGAUGAUCUUCGAUGCUUUUGUUAUAUUGACUUGUCUGGCCUCAUUGAUCCUUUGCACACGAUCAGUGGUUAAAGGAAUUAGGCUCCAAAGGGAAUUUGUAAGUUUUUUCUUGUAUUACUAUAAGAAAGAAGUAUCUUUCAGUGAUCAAAUGGAAUUUGUCAAUGGUUGGUACAUCCUGAUUAUAGUUAGUGAUGUCUUAACUAUUGUUGGAUCAACUCUAAAGAUGGAGAUACAAGCCAAGAGCCUGACAAGUUAUGAUGUCUGUAGCAUACUCCUGGGAACAUCCACUAUGCUUGUGUGGCUUGGAGUCAUUCGCUACUUAGGUUUCUUUCAGAAGUAUAAUCUUCUCAUCCUAACACUGAGAGCAGCGUUACCUAAUGUAAUGAGGUUUUGCUGCUGUGCUGCUAUGAUCUACCUGGGCUAUUGUUUCUGUGGAUGGAUUGUACUGGGACCAUACCAUGUGAAGUUUCGCUCCCUGAACACGGUUUCCGAAUGCCUGUUUUCACUGAUCAAUGGAGAUGACAUGUUUGCCACAUUUGCAGAAAUGCAGCAGAAAAGUUACUUGGUUUGGCUGUUCAGCAGAAUCUACCUUUACUCCUUCAUCAGCCUGUUCAUCUAUAUGGUGCUGAGUCUCUUCAUUGCACUCAUUACAGAUACGUAUGAAACUGUCAAGCACUACCAGCAAGAUGGCUUUCCAGAGACAGAGCUUCAGAGAUUUAUAUCACAGUGCAAAGAUCUACCAAACUCUGGCAAGUACAGGAUAGAGGAGGAGAGUUCUGCAUCUAUCUUCUGUUGUUGUAAUGGUUGUAGUGAACAUACUUAAUGGCGUGUGAGAGUGUAUCAUGGAGGCUUUGAAGCAGCAAGAACUGGACAGUGGAGCUGGUGUAAAACCUUUAUACCUAAAACCUGAAUUUGCUUCUCUUGAAAAACAGUGUAAGCCUGUGGCAGAUGCUUAUCAUAAGCUAACAGUCCUUCUGACUAGGUACUGUCACUGCUAGUUCAGGGGCUUUGGUGUUUUGGUUUUUUAUUAGCUUCGUUAUACCUUUUUCCUCAGUUAAAUUGUGCUAGAAUGCAAAGGGCAUUAAAAACCAAUCUGUGUUCAGGUACUUUGCUGGAUUAUAUGAGUCGUCUAGAAAUGCAGUAACUGGAAGUAGAAAUAAUGCUGGGCAACUGCAACUUGAACACCAACCUAACCUUCAAUACUGUAGGCAUUACCUAAGUGUAACUGACCCAUCACUGAAUGAAUGGGCUCAUCCUAGAGCCUUCAGCAUUUCUAUUAUCUCCACUCAUAGUAAAAAUAAACUAAGACUGUGAAAUUUGGUGUAAUUUGUUUCUGGAGACAUUGCUGUUCAAAUAUGGGUGAGAGCAUAAAGUAAAUACUCUUGUAAACAUAAGUACCUCUUGAUGUAACUGGCAGUCUCUUCUCAGAGAGGCCAGUGAUAUGCUGGUUUGAGAGUUGAGCUGAGUGGUGAAAAGGAGAUGUCCUUCUGUAUCCAGCACUGGGUAGGAUCAUUUACAGCCUCCAGCUUCACCGUGUGCUGAUCUUAUGUUUUUAAAAGAGAAGUGAGACAAAAGCACUUUCAAAAGAUCUAUUUUGUUUUUAAUUUGAAAUCUUCCUCCGGUACACAAGCCUGUGAAUCUGAAGUCUAGGCUAAGUUAAAUACACAGAACUCUGAGAGUAAUAUAUCUCCACACAGUUGAACCUGGAUAUUUUCUACCAACCUAAUAAACUGGUACUGCCAGUGGCUGUCUGAAACGCUAGAUCUUAAAAGGUUCAGCUUUGACAACUUUGUUCAUGUAUUUUAUUGAUUGUGCUACCACUGAAUGAAUGCCUUAUUUCCAAGAGUCUCUUCACUGUAGGAGCAGAAUAGAAAACCAAAAGGAUUUUGGUUAUUUUAGGAAUUUGGAUAUUUCAGAUGGUUUGCAUUUGUGAGCAACAUUCCUGUAGCUGUAUGUGACAAUGUAUAAUGCUGUCCAUAAAAGUGAAGGACAUUAAACGUGUUAUGUCUACAUAUUUACACACUGAAAAUGUGCUACAAUAAACACAGCUACAGUAAGUAUCGGGUGUGUUGGUGUUUAUCUGGAGACUAAAUGUUGCCAGGUUAAUAUAGGAGCUUUUUUUAAUAUAGCAAUAUGUAAUUUCUGGCAUGCAACAGUGUGCAGAAUGUGUAAACUUGCAUUUCCUCAAGCUAGUUGCUGUGGACCUGGGUGAGGGCCCAUUCCCAGCUGAUCCUGUUUCACAGUAUUUCAGAAUUUGCUGUAGAUUUGAUUGCAAGAUUUAAACUUUACAUUAAAAAUGCUCCUGUACAUUGCAUGAAGUUCAAAUUCAGCAAAGUCAAACCAGGUGGGCAGAGCAGAUUAUUCACAGUAUCUGAAAGUUUCCUGUUCUUGUCUUCUGACUGUCAUUAAAGGUUGAUGACUUUUGAACCUUU